AUGUUUCCCUUGAGCAGAUACGGUGGUUGCAGCAGCUGUAAGCCGCUGAGGCAGCUGCUCUUCGUCAUUACGCUGCUGUGCGUGGGCCAUGUCAUCCAUGACUUAGCGGAUACAAUGACUGCAGGAGUGGACCGAACGUGGAUCGCGGCCUCUCCAGAUGGGAUCUUGAUUGCUUUGCCCCUAGUCCUGGGCAAAUGCCUUGUCAGCUGCUGUGGUGCAGUGCAUGCCGAGUACUUCUUGCAGCACAAGGAGACGAAGCAGGUGCCCCUCUGGAUCACCCAAGUACAUUUCAAGACAGCAACGAUCAUCGGAGCCCUCACGGUGGCGCUCUUCAUGGGGAACGUGAGCGAGCGCAUCCUUUCAGACCGCUGGCACAACGAUAUCUUCUCACAUCUGCCCAAUGAUGUGAGUGCUGGAGAUCCUCGCAUUCCCUUCUUCGGAGGCUGGGACAGCAACACCUGGAUGCUGGCGGGGUGCCUCAUCCUCAACAACUUCCUCGUGGCUGAUCAGAUGAGGAAUCUCACUUCCAUCGCGAAGUACGUGGCCUAUGCUAUCGGCCUGGUCUUGAGCUAUUUGGUGCAGCUCUGGGAAGGCCGUGCCUUUUGCGCGUGGCAGGCUUGCUCUUACGGUGGCCUCGCGCUGGCUGCUGUGGCUUACAUUGCUCUACCAGGGCCGGGCCACUUCAGAUCAACAAUGAAAAGCUGA